AUGGGCCCCCCUUCCAGCUCCGGCUUCUACGUGAGCCGCGCGGUCGCCGUGCUGCUAGCCGGGCUGGCGGCCGCGCUCCUGCUGGCGCUGACCGUGCUCGCCGCCCUGUACGGCCGCUGCGCGCGCGUCCCGCCGUCGGAACUUCUCCACCGCGGGGUCCCGGGCGCCGCGCCGUCCCGGCCGCGCACGCAGGAGGAGCCGCGGCCUACCGGGCACACCCGCCCCACCCGUGAGCCGGCGGGGACGGCCACCCCGGGCAACGGGCGCCCUCCGGGACCCUGGGACCAGCUGCGCCUGCCGCCCUGGCUCGUGCCGCUGCACUACGAGCUGGAGCUGUGGCCCCGGCUGCGGCCGAACGAGUCCUGGGCUCCGACGUUGACCUUCACCGGCCGCGUGAACAUCACGGUGCGCUGCACCGUGGCCACCGCGCGGCUGCUGCUGCACAGCCUCUUCCUGGAGUGUGAGAGCGCCGAGGUGCGGGGCCCUCUCUCCUCCGGCACCGGGGACCUCACGGCGGGCCGCGUGCCGGUGGACGACGUGUGGGUCGCGUUCGACACGCAGUACCUGGUGCUGGAGCUUGGCGGCGCUCUGCAGCCCGGGGGCCGGUAUGUGCUGCAGCUCAGCUUCUCCGGCCUGGUGUACCAGGAUCUCAGGGAGGGGCUCUUCUUCAACGUCUACACCGACCAGGGCGAGCGCAGGGCCCUGUUAGCGUCUCAGAUGGAACCCACAUUUGCCAGGAGUGUGUUUCCUUGUUUUGAUGAGCCAGCUCUAAAGGCAACUUUUAAUAUUACAAUUAUUCAUCACCCAAGCUAUGUGGCCCUUUCCAACAUGCCAAAACUAGGUCAGUCUGCAAGGAGAGACACAAAUGGAAGCACGUGGACAGUCACCACCUUUUCCACGACGCCCCACAUGCCGACUUACUUAGUGGCCUUGGCCGUAUGUGACUAUGCCCACGUGGACAGAACCGAAAGGGGCAAGGAGAUACGCAUCUGGGCCCGGAAAGACGCCAUCGCGAACGGAAAUGCAGACUUUGCUUUGAACCUCACAGGUCCCAUCUUCUCUUUUCUGGAGGAUCUAUUUAAUAUUAGUUAUCCUCUUCCCAAAACAGAUAUAAUUGCCUUGCCUACUUUUGACAACAGUGCAAUGGAAAAUUGGGGACUAUUGAUAUUCGAUGAGUCAUUAUUGUUGAUGCAACCAAAUGAUCAAGUAACAGACAAAAAGGCUGUGAUCUCCUUCAUUCUCUCCCACGAGAUCGGACAUCAGUGGUUUGGAAAUUUGGUUACCAUGAAUUGGUGGAACGAUAUCUGGCUCAAAGAGGGUUUUGCAUCUUAUUUUGAAUUUGGAGUAAUUAACUACUUCAAUCCUAAAUUCCCAAGAAAUGAGAUCUUUUUUUCUAACAUUUUACAUAAUGUCCUCAGUGAAGAUCACGCCCUGGUGUCUAGAGCUGUGUCCAUGAAGGUGGAAAAUUUCACAGAAACCGGUGAAAUAAAUGAGCUCUUUGACUUAUUUACUUACAACAAGGGAGCAUCUUUGGCCCGAAUGCUUUCUAGCUUCCUGAAUGAGAAUUUAUUUCUCAGUGCACUCAAGUCAUAUUUGAAGACAUUUUCUUACUCAAAUGCUGAGCAAGAUGAUUUAUGGAGGCAUUUUCAAAUGGUCAUCGAUGACCAGAAUAAAAUUCUUUUGCCAGCGACAGUAAAAAGCAUAAUGGACAGUUGGACCCACCAGAGUGGUUUUCCAGUUAUCACCUUAAAUGUAUCCACUGGUGCCAUCAAACAAGAGCCAUUUUAUCUUGGAAAGGUUAAAAAUGGGACUCUCCUAACCCACAAUGACACAUGGAUUGUACCUAUUCUUUGGAUAAAAAAUGGAACUACACAGUCUCUAGUCUGGCUAGAUAAAAGCAGCAAAAUAUUCCCCGAAAUGCAAGUUUCAGCUUAUGAUCAUGACUGGGUGAUUCUAAAUUUGAAUAUGACUGGAUAUUACAGAGUUAACUAUGAUACAUUAGGUUGGAAGAAGCUAAAUCAACAGCUUGAAAAAGAUCCUAAGGCCAUUCCUGUUAUCCACAGGCUGCAGCUGAUUGAUGAUGCCUUUUCCUUGUCUAAAAACAAUUAUAUUGAGAUUGAAACAGCCCUUGAUUUAACCAAGUACCUUGCUGAAGAAGAUGAAAUCAUAGUAUGGUAUGCGGUCUUGGUGAACCUGGUAACCAAGGAUCUUGUUUUUGAUGCGAACAGCUAUGAUAUAUACCCAUUAUUAAAGAAGUAUCUGUUAAAGAGACUUAUCUCGAUAUGGAAUAUGUAUUCAACUGUCAUUCGUGAAAAUGUGGCAGUGUUACAAGACGACUAUUUAGCCCUAGUAGCCCUGGAAAAACUUUUUGAAACUGCGUGCUGGUUGGGCCUUGAAGACUGUCUUCAGCUGUCAAGAGAACUCUUCAAAAACUGGGCGAACCAUCCAGAGAAUGAAAUACCUUCUCCGAUUAAAAGUGUAAUUUUAUGUUAUGGCAUCGCCUUGGGAAGUGAGGAAGAAUGGGACUUUCUGUUAAAUAUGUACGCUAAUAAAACAAAGGAAGAAGAAAGGAUUCAACUCGCUUAUGCGAUGAGCUGCAGUAAAGACCCAUGGAUACUUAACAGAUAUAUGGAGUACGCCAUUACUGCAUCUCCUUUUGCUUUUAAUGAAACAAAUAUCAUUGAGGUUGUGGCAGCAUCUGAAGUGGGCCGGUACAUCGCAAAGGACUUUCUAGUCAACAACUGGCAAGCUGUGAGUGAAAGGUACGGAACACAAUCGCUGGUUACUCUCAUGUAUAUAAUAGGGAGAACCAUAAGUACAGACUUGCAGAUCACAGAGCUGCAGCAGUUUUUUGGCAACAUGUUGGAAGAGCAGCAGAGGCUCACAGUCCACGCCAAAUUACAGACAAUAAAGAAGAAAAAUCUGGAAAACAAAACACGCAACGCGAGGAUGGCGGCAUGGCUAUGGAGGAACACGUAACCAGCA